UAACCUUGCAAUGCAGCGCAACUCCUCCUCUGUUGAAUCACCCAAGAGAAUAAACUCGUGUAUGUGUGUGUUGGCCGGCGGCGAUCGAUGGAGCAGGUGCAACGGAAGAGCAUCCUGAGGUCAGCCAAGCCGCUGUCGCGGACGCGGUCGGAAGAGCAGCCCAUGCUGUCCGACCUCGCUCAGCGGCGGGAGGUGGUACUCAACAUCGAUGGGAAUGUCGUCGGAGCGGCGGCGCCGAUGGCCAGCAGGACGUUGUCGACCGCCACCAGCUCGCCGGCCCAGGGGUGGGCCGACGCGAGCUUCGACUUCUGGAGGAACGAGGGCGGCCCCGCGCGCCGCGUCGACGACUUCAGCUUCAAGAAUCGGCCGGCGUCACCGCAGCCGCAGGCAUCGUCGUCCCCUUCGUUCUCGCCCAAGAAUAAGCCGGUGGAGGCCGGCGAGGACCCGCCCACGCGCCUCAUCGGGAGCUUCCUCCGGAAGCAGAAGGCGGCCGGGGCCGAGCUGUUGCUCGACCUCGACCUGGAGAUGGACGACAUCGGGAGGUCGUCACACUCACACCCGUUCUCGUCCAACUCCCGGGAUCGGGACGCGCCGCGUGUCUCCUUCAAGGGCCGGCAGAGGUCCUCGUCCUCUUCUUCAUCGGGCUCCGAUUCCGAUGCCGACGGCGGCCGUAGGCGCGCCGGUGACGACGGAAUACGCAACACCUCCGCUCCCACUCCGGCGGGACCGAGACCAUUGCUGCGAGCCAAGACGCGAUCCCGGCUCAUGGACCCGCCGCCGCAGUCACCCGCGGCCGCCGACGAGGAGCGCAAGAAGUCGGCUGCCUUGCGCCCUCCCAAGUCCGGGCAGUUUUCUGGGCGUGUGACCGGGAAAUCCGGCCAGUGGCGCAAGUCGGGCCCCAUCGAGGAGGAGGAGGAGGACCCGUUCAUCGACGACGACAUCCCGGACGACUUCAACCGCGGGAAGCUGGACGGUCUCACCAUACUGCAGUGGGUGAGCCUGGUGCUCAUCGUCGGGGCACUGGCGUGCAGCCUCGCGAUCAGGCCCCUGUCGCGGAAGCGGCUCUGGGAGCUGCACCUAUGGAAGUGGGAGCUCCUCGUCUUGGUGCUCAUCUGCGGCCGCCUCGUCUCCGGCUGGGCCAUCCGGAUCGCCGUCUUGUGCGUGGAGCGCAACUUCGUGCUGCGCAAGCGCGUGCUCUACUUCGUCUACGGCGUGCGCGGCGCCGCGCAGAACGCGCUCUGGCUCGGCAUGGUGCUCGCCUCGUGGCACUUCCUCUUCGUGGAGCACGUCCGCACGCCGGUGCUGCCCUACGUCACCAAGGUGCUGCUCUGCUUCCUCGCCGCCACGCUCGUCCGGCUCGUGAAGACGCUCCUCCUCAAGGUGCUCGCCUCCUCCUUCCAUGUCUCCACCUACUUCGACCGGAUCCAGGACGCGCUCUUCAACCAGUACGUCAUCGACACGCUCUCCGGCCCGCAGCUCGUCGACGAGGACUACGUGAUCGCAGAGGUGCGCGAGCUCCAGCGCGCCGGCGCGGACAUCCCGAAAGAGCUGCACCCCGCCUUGCCAACCAAGAACCUGUCGGGGCAAAGCUUAAACGGCACCCGCCGGGUCUCGGGUCUGAUCUCCAGGGGAGCCGGAAUCAACCCGCUGUCCAAGGAGAAGAAGCGGCGUGAGGCAGAGGAAGGGAUCACCAUUGACAAGCUCCAUAGGCUCAACCAGAGAAACGUCUCGGCGUGGAACAUGAAGAGGCUGAUGAAGAUUGUUCGUUUCGAGACGCUCGCCACAAUGGACGAGCAAGUUCAGCAGGCAACAACAGGGGAAGGGGGCGAGUCGGUGACGCAGAUUCGUACUGAAGAUGAGGCGCAGCUGGCCGCCAAGCAGAUCUUUCAUAACGUAGCCAAGCCUGGUUCCAAGCACAUAUACUUGGCAGACUUGAUGCGCUUCAUGAAGCAGGAGGAAGCCAUCAAAGCUAUGCAUCUUUUUGAAGGGGCACAGGAGCACUGUAGGGUCGGCAAGAAGUCUCUCAAGAACUGGGUGGUGAAUGCAUUUAGAGAGCGCAAAGCUCUUGCCCUAACACUUAAUGAUACAAAAACAGCAGUUAACAAGCUCAACCAGAUGGCCAAUGUUGUUGUUGGCCUCAUAGUGUCCGCUCUCUGGCUUCUUAUUCUCGGCGUAGCGACAACGCAUUUCUUUGUCUUCCUCAGUUCACAGCUUCUUGUGGCGGUAUUUGUAUUCGGGAAUACACUGAAGACGAUUUUUGAGGCAAUUAUCUUCUUAUUCGUGAUGCAUCCUUUCGAUGUCGGUGACCGCUGUGAAAUUGAAGAGGUUCAGGUCGUUGUAGAGGAAAUGAAUAUCAUGACAACAGUCUUUCUUCGUUAUGAUAACCUAAAGAUCUAUUAUCCAAACAGUGUACUGGCCACAAAACCAAUUUUCAAUUUCUAUAGGAGUCCUGAUAUGGGAGAAGGGGUUGACUUCUCUAUUCAUGUCGCCACUCCUAUGGAAAAACUCACGCUCAUGAAGGAAAGAAUACUACGUUACAUUGACAGUAAGAAGGAACAUUGGUACCCUGGUGCGAUGGUUGUCCUCCGGGAUGUAGAUGAGACCAACAAGCUGAAAGUAUCCAUAUGGCUACGACACACGCUUAACUUCCAGGACAUGGGUAUGAGGUUCGUGAGGAGGGAACUUGUGCUCCAAGAGAUGAUUAGAGUCUUGAGGGACCUCGACAUCGAGUACCGAAUGUUGCCGCUCGACGUGAACGUGCGAAACACGCCCCCUCUACAAUCCACAAGGAUGCCGACGACGUGGAAUUAUUCAUGAAGUGGUGGUGCAUCUUCCCGUUAUGAGAUCGCGGAUACAACAAUUACCAUCCAUGUCUAGUGGUGACAACUGGUAGCAACUAUUGCCUUUUGUUCUCAAUGAGUGGACAUAUAGAUUUUUAAAAUAAAUUAUGGAGUGAAGCAGAAAA